CAGAACACCAUUAGCUGGUAUGCACGCGCACAUCGGAUCAUCCUUCCGAUGCAUAUAAAUAGAUCUUCUUUUGCAACCUUACGUCUCUCUUGCACUCUCGGCCUCCACUGGUAGCAGAAACCCUAGAGACAAAAAUACAGAGCUCUUUAGCCGGGUUAGCAAUGGCAGUCACAUUCUUCAAUGUCAACUCGCAAUCUGGCCUUAAGAAGCUCGAUGACUACCUUCUAACACGCAGUUACAUCACAGGGUACCAAGCCUCAAAGGAUGAUAUCACUGUGCAGGCAGCUAUUUCAAAACCUCCAUCAUCUGAAUAUGUGAAUGUGUCACGGUGGUACAACCACAUUGAAGCACUUCUGAGGAUUUCUGGUGUUUCUGGGGAAGGUUGUGGUGUCACCAUAGAGGGAUCUGCACCAGUUAUUGACGAGGCUGUUGCAACUCCUCCUGCUGCUGACACGAAGGCUUCAGCUGCUGAGGAUGACGAUGAUGAUGAUGAUGUUGAUCUUUUUGGUGAAGAGACUGAAGAGGAAAAGAAGGCUGCGGAAGAACGUGCAGCAGCCAUGAAGGCAUCUGGGAAAAAGAAAGAGUCUGGAAAAUCGUCGGUCCUCAUGGAUGUGAAGCCAUGGGAUGAUGAGACUGACAUGAAAAAGCUCGAGGAGGCUGUCAGAAGUGUUCAAAUGGAAGGGCUGUUUUGGGGAGCUUCGAAACUUGUGCCCGUUGGUUAUGGUAUUAAGAAACUGACGAUUAUGCUUUCAAUUGUGGACGAUUUAGUGUCCGUUGACACUCUCAUUGAGGAUCACCUCACUGUUGAACCAAUUAGCGAGUAUGUCCAGAGUUGUGAUAUUGUUGCCUUCAACAAGAUAUGUAAGUUUGAUUCUGUUGUCGUUGCCAAAUUUGCGUAUCUUGAGAUUAGCUAUUUUCAUCUCUUAUUGUCCGACUGUUCUUGUGACAGAAUUCGAGAAUCUGUUGGGCUUCUUGGAAAUGGAUGCAGGGGAGGUUUUGCUGCUAAAUUUAUGCCAUUUUGCUUCAAAUCUACCGUUUUCCCCCUUUCUAUUUAUUCAGCAUUGCCGUUUGGCUUUUGGCUAUCAUGUAGUGGUAUUGAGUUUGAAAUGGUUGUACUGUUGCAAAUGACUAUUUACGCUUCGGUUGUUUUCUUAAUGUGGAAUCAGACUGGUUUAUGGUACCCCGAGUGCGGUAGUGUCUUGUUUGUCUAAACUAUAGUCGUUAUUUUAUCAAUUUCAUUUCAGGUUUAUUA